AUGGUGAGUAUAUGCAAUUUUGCUUUCUUUAUGGAUCGUUUCUAUAACGAUCCUAAGGUCAGAUCCUUGCGACUUCUGACCACAAAUUGUAUUCCAGCUAAUAUGUACAAAUCGCUUUAAUAUACACAUACAUCAAGGUUGCCGCUCGUCUUACAAUUAUAAUGAUUAAAUGAGUGUUCAUUUACAGACUCAUUCUGAGUAAUUGUUCUAUGUAAUAGAACAGUAGAAUUUUGCGUUUGUAGGUAGUUAAUUAAAUUAAAUAAUCGUCAUUACUUAUCACGCAUGCAUGAACGCUUCAUGAAGUUUCACAUGAAACGAGGUUAAUCACAGACUCGUAAUCAAGUUUGUUUUGUAAUACUAAUUACGGCGACUCGAGCGGUUCCCUUUUAGAGAUGCAGCUAUGUACAUACUUUCAAAGUUGAAUUGGCGCAAGAAGAAUCACUGAAAAGUGAUUUGUGAGGAAUAUUUAAAAUCUUAUUGUAUAGUAUAUAUAUUUUAAGAUGAUAUCAUUCAGUAGCAUAUACAUAUGCAUUAUUUCACUUAUCUCAAACGUGUUUUGUAUAAUAAAACGAAUCAGCGAUUCGUAGAUAUCCUGCUUGUUGCCGAUAUAUAUGUUUAUCAAGUUUCAUGUCAUUUUGACAUGUGACGCGUUGAAUGCAGGUUGUGAAAUAAACGCCUCGAGGAAAUGCAAAGCAACCGUGCGUGACAAAGAUUCUUUCACAUUCUUGCAUUCUCACUAUGUCCAUCUUGUUACGCCCUCGCUCUAUUGGCACAUUUCGAAUUGGCACGCGAGUGUCAUAUCAGAAGGGAUUCUUUAUCUUCUUUGGUUGAUCGUCGUUUCUAAAACAAAUUAUAUCAUUAAAUAUAAUUAACGGCGAAAGUUCGGAAUUUCUAAAACUAUCUUAUCGAAGAUCUCUUAUCAGCGAAGGUCUAAAGUUAAAUGUUUGAUUUUUCAGGAAGCCGAUGACUUGUUGCUGUAUUUUGCUAUAGCAGCAGGUGUCGUUGCCGGUGUUCUGUUGCUACUCUUUGUUUUAGUGUGUGUACUGUUUGUCAAAGUCAAUCGAUUAUCGAAAAAUGCGUUCAAUCAACUGCAUAAACAAACCAUGAUAGCAGACUAUUGUUACACGAACCCGACGAUCGUGCCAGGAGAAUUGCUAUCACGUCGAGGAUUUUCGAUGUACAGCGGUUCCGAUAACAUUGAUGAUGAUUACAGAACGAAGAGGGAUCAUUCUGGCAGUUAUCUCGAGGCACGAUCAAAAUUCUGA